AUGGUGCUUACCGCACGCGUGCGAAGAGGUGCACAAAUUUUAGUGAAAAACACGAAUUCUUUGUAUCUACUCGCGCAAUGUCUGCUACGAGCCGGAAGAAUAGAAGCUUGCUACAAGUUACUAUCAAUUGGUGGUUAUGAUACUCCGGAACUACGCUUUUUGUUCGCUCGAUGCUGUUAUGAGUUGAAUAAGUUAGUUAUCAUUCAUGCUGGUAUCUUCUUAUGGGCUGUGGGAACACAAGUGGAUGAGGCUGAGAAUGUAUUACGGGCAAACAACGAAGCACGUUUACAUCCCUCAUUCGAGGGGAGCAUCGUGGAGCCAUUCGCCCGAGCGCAACUUGCUAAAAUAUUCAUUGAAACUGGACGUACCGAUGAAGCCAAACGUGAAAAUCGUCGUGCUAUAAACCAAAAUAUAUUCUCAUGGUCAUCGAUUAGAACACAGUGCGAAUUAGGGGCAUCACGUGAUAUUGAUGAAAUCUAUGAGCAGUUUUCGUGGAAAAUUGGCGCCAAGAAAAGUGGCUCUAAAACGGAUUUCUUGCAGACUGAAUCAAGUAAGCAGACAUCUUCAGAAAAGAACUUGAAUGAUGAAGACAAAAAUACACCAAUUGUAAGUGAAGCCGAAAGAAAAAUUUCGUGUUUUGCACCAAAGAAAAAAUCGCAUUUAAAUGCGUCACGAAAAAUAGUUCACGGAUCACGACAUCUAUCUGAGCCUGGUGGUGGCGUUGAACCUAGACGUAGCACUCGACUUUUCCCAUCAUCGCAAGAUAGCGAGAACGUGUCGACUUUGUCGCUAAUGGCAAGGGAAUUACGAGCAUCGUCUCGUUCCCAGCAUGCUGCUCUUUCACCCGGUUCUACCUCACGCACUGUUCAUGACAAGCAACUAAGCAUACUCCAUAGUACUGAGCUGAAUUCGAGACUGAACUUAUUUUGCAUGUUGAUGACCGCGAGUGGUUGCAGAUCGAUGAAUAGGAUCAACGAAAUGGAGGCGAACAGUGUAGCAAUAAAGGUUCCUCGUCCGUCGCCAUCUUCUGCUCCAUCAAUCCACAAAUUAAUUGAAUCUCCCGAUUCUGAUUCUUCCACAAAACCUAUUUCAACCGUUUCACGUCGAACGCGUUCCGGUUCGCAGUCGGCUGCAUCACCUCUUGCUGAUAAGAAUGCCCAACUAAAGGAUGAUGUAGAGUCAAGUGCUAUCACAUUAUUACCAUCUAACCCACAAAUCAGUGUUUCUGGAGAGGCACCGACGAGAACGACACCAGUGGUUACAUCUGAUAGUAAACGUUCAGAAUGUGAAACUUGUAACCACUGUACUACUUCAUUAACUCUGAAUCCUUUUAGUGUAGCUGACACUCAGAGUAAAUCUUCUGUGUGGAGCGAUGAUAUGAGUUUGUUAUUUUUAACCAAAAAGGUGCUGGAACGAGUAAACAGUAUGCCCGCACGUUUCGCAGAGACGCCACUCGUACGUGAAUUGGCAGCACGCGCUUAUUUGGAGAGGCUCGAAUACAAUAAAUCAAGAGAAUUACUCGAAUCAUUGCAUAAACAAUUUCCUUAUCGUGUUUCUGGAAUGGAGGUAUUGUCAACAGUUUUGUGGCACAGUCAAGAAUCACGUCAGUUAUCACUGUUGGCAUCUGAACUGACAGAAAGCGCACGAGCAAAUCCUGAGACGUGGUGUGUGGCUGGUAACUGCUUUAGUGUACAGAAGCAACCGGACAUCGCUAUUGAAUGCUUCGAGCGUGCGAUCUCAUUGAACCCACGAUUCGCAUACGCUUAUUCAUUGCUUGGUCAUGAACUGCUUGACACCGAUCAACUGGAAAAGGCUACUAGUGCAUUCAGACGUGCUGUAUUAUUGUGUCCAAUCGACUACAGAGCAUGGUUUGGACUUGGUUUGAUGCAUUUCAAGCGUGAAUGCCUACAUUUAGCUCGUUCAUAUCUAGUGCGUGCUGUGCACAUCAAUCCUUACAAUUCUGUUGUUCUUUGUCAAUUAUCUGUCAUUGAACAAGCACUUCACAACGAUCUCGCUGCAAUGGAUUUGUUGCAAAGAGCCUUGAAAAUAACACCCGAGAACGCUGCAUGUCGUUUUUACCGGGCAAGAUUACUUUAUGAGAAACAUGAGUAUGAAAAAUGUAGAGAUGAACUCAAUGAACUGAAACUCUAUGCUCAUGAUGAAGCUCAGGUGUUCUUUCUUUUGGGUCGUGUAUAUAAAAAAUUAGGCAAUACACAUAUGGCAUUACUGAAUUUCAAUUGGGCAGCUGAAAUGGAUCCUCGUGGAGAGCAAAGUCAUAAUAGUCUCGCUGAAGGACCAUAUGAUGACGAACCAACAUCCGACUAG